CUCAUAUCAAGGUUUUCCAUACGCGAAGAUCUUUAUCAAAUUGUCAACAGUGCUGCACGUGUAAAGAAAACGCCGAUCGAGCGAAGAUAGUAUUAAGCGAAGCUUCUCUUCGGCCUCCGUUUAUACGGAGCUUUAGGGAUACACAGGGGAUAUGUACGUUACAUCACAUACAUGAUAAGAUCUGUGACCGAACCGAAUCAUACAGUGUGCUAUGCGACGAUUCGCUGCGGCAGACAGAUAUCGCGAUAUUUACACACAUCUCGUGUUAAAUUUCGCUUAAAUUCGGUCGCGCGGUAAGUACGAGGAAUCGUGCAUUGGUUCUCGUAAGUGAUAUAUUAAUUGUUGAUAUCUCGCUAAACGAUGUCUACGACCACGAAGAUGUUUGAAAUUGAGGAAUGCUCACGAUCGACGAAGCGGAAGUAUCAUUUUGCGAUGGCUAAAUACGUGCCUAUAUUCGGCUGGUUACCGCAAUAUAGCCGAAUGAAAGCCAUGUCGGAUCUCAUCGCGGGUAUCACUCUGGGCCUCACUAUGAUUCCGCAGAGUAUAGCUUAUGCUGCAUUGGCUGACCUAACAGCACAGUACGGCCUGUAUUCUUGUUUCGUGGGUGGUUUCCUGUAUAUUAUCUUCGGGACUAUCAGAGAAGUGUCGAUCGGCCCGUCGUCCCUAAUGGCUCUUGUAACGCUGCAGUACACGCGAAAUAUGCCUGUAGAGUUUGUAAUACUCUUGUGUUUUUUAGCUGGAUGUAUGGAGCUCUUGAUGGGUAUACUAAAUUUAGGAUUCUUAGUGGAUUUUAUAUCGAUGCCAGUAACCUCGGGUUUUAUCUCGGCAACGUCUAUGAUUAUAAUUAUCGCCCAGUUACAAGGACUUUUGGGAUUAAAAUACAAAUCAGCUAAUAUCGUCGACAAUCUGUACCAGUUGUGCAAAAAUAUUGGUAACACCAGAUUGCCCGACGUUAUUCUCGGUAUUUGUAGCAUCUUGUUUCUUCUGCUCUUCAGAAAACUGAAAGACAUCAACUAUCCUUGUAUGGGAAACAAGAGAAGUGCUUCCAAAAAUGCGAUAAUAAAGAAAAUACUCUGGUAUUUCUCGAUUGGUCGGAAUGCUCUUAUUAUAUUCAUAACAACUACAAUAGCUUAUCGACUCGAAACUACAGGAUCCGCACCAUUUAGUCUAUCAGGGAAAAUUGAAUCCGGCCUGCCUACAAUAUCGUUACCACCCUUUUCAGUGCAAGUAGGCAAUCAAACUUAUACGUUCCUCAACAUGUGUGCUCAUUACGGAUCGGGCAUAGUGAUACUUCCUCUCAUAUCUGUCUUGGCGAACGUAGCGAUAGCUAAAGCGUUUGCAAUGGGUGCUAAUGUCAACGCUACGCAAGAAAUGCUGACACUCGGCCUUUGCAAUAUAUUCGGCAGCUUUGUGUCGUCGAUGCCGACCGCUGGUGCAUUUACAAGAAGUGCAGUCAGUAGUGCCAGUGGCGUGCAAACACCUAUGGCCGGUUUAUAUUCUGGUACUAUGGCAUUGUUGGCAUUGAGUUUUUUAACGCCAUAUUUUUAUUAUAUUCCACGUGCUACAUUAGCGGCGGUGCUGAUAACCGCCGUGAUAUUCAUGAUCGACCUGAAGCUCAUAAAACUGCUCUGGAGAGAAUGCAAAACAGAUGCUAUCGCGGUGACAGGCACUCUUUUAAUCUGUGUAUUUGUCAGUGUCGAGAUCGGACUGCUUCUGGGUAUUGUUUUUAAUCUAGCCUUCCUUAUCCGACCAUCCGCAAGACCGACGAUGCAAAUAACCAAUCGUAAGACUAAUUUAGGAAAUAAAUACGUAAUAUUGGAGCUCGACAUGUGUCUUUAUUAUCCUGCAGUAGCUUUCUUUACUGAUAAAGUAAUGAGCAUAGUGAAAAAUGAGGAAAAUAAUGUUCCAUUGAUCGUGAAUUGUGAGAGAUUCCUUAAUAUCGAUUAUACUGCAAUCAAGGCUAUCGAAACGCUAUCAACGAGGCUCAAUCAUGAAAGAAACCGAUUCUGGUUGUUGCAUCUUAAUUCCAAUAUCAUAAAUCGUAUCAACGUACUCGCUGAUAACAAGUAUAUUCGUUUGAUCGAAAAUGAAGAGAGUAUCACGGAUGUUUUUCAUGACGAUGCGUUAUCUGACAGAGAGUUUGAAAACUCUUUCAAUAUUAAAAUGAAGGAAGUAGUGGAAAUGACACGUUCAAGUCAUAAAGAUUUCUCAAAUUUGAAUUUGCAAUGUGAGGACUCUGAAGUCAUUGCUCAGGAAAUGGCAGUAAUGUUGCCUACCGAAUCAAGAAUAAAGUAGUUGCAAGAGGAAUUAUGUUUUAACUUAAUUUAAUUUAUAAUCAUAAAUAUUAACAAUUAUAUUUACAAUAAAAAAAACUCCACAUUUUAAUAUUUAAAAUCCGAAAAUAUUAUAUAAUUUAGUUAUAG